AUGGUCAUCCUGCAUUCUCUUCGGCCGGCAGUUUUGACGCUGUUGCACGAAAGACACCAAGGCAUCAACAGGACGAAAGCUCUCGCUCGAGAGUCCAUUUGGUGGCCUGGCAUUUUGGCAGACAUUACUUCUCUGGUAACUAACUGCGAGCAAUGUGCUUCCACUCGGGUGAACCUUGCAGAGCCCCUGGUCUCCACGGUCCUACCUGGACGUCCCUGGGAACUUGUCGGCAUGAACCUGUUGCACCUCCGCAGCCAGACAUUCAUCUUCGUGGUGGACUACCACUCCAGGUACCCUGAAAUUGUAACCUUGAGAAGCACAACGGCUCAGGCAGUCAUCGACGUUCUCAAAAGCAUCUUUGCUCGGCAUGGGAUUCCGCGAGAAGUGAGAUCAGACAACGGUCCACCGUUCUCUUCACGCGAGUUUGCAGCAUUGGCGGCAUCUUACGGCCUUGACUACGUCACCAGCAGCCCGCACUAUGCGCAAUCGAACGGAGAGGCGGAGAGAAUGGUCAGGACCAUCAAUGAGUUGUUUCGCAAAGCAACAGACCCUCGCCUGGCCUUGCUCAGCUACCGGGACACCCCAGGAGUCAAUGGCUUCAGCCCGGCCCAGCUCUUGAUGGGAUGA